ACGCACACAUUUUAUUUACCAGAAGUGAAUAUGGCGUCGGAGUAGAUACUCGCGGUUGUUUUGACAAUAGGGAUGCUGGAAGAAUAUAUUUAAUUAUAAAUGAUGGACGUAUGAAAUCAUGAGGUUCUUCAAAGAAACUAUACUGCUUUUUUUGUUUGUGUGAUUUCCUUACGUGUGAGACAUGAUUUUUUCAAAUGAUGUGACUGUUAGUGCAUACAGUUUUGUAUUUCUGGUUAUCGUUGCUACUGUUUUGACACAUUCUCAAGCUCAUGUCCUCGAAUUCACUAUAGAACCCACCGACACAGUCGUAGAAAAUGGACAGUCGGCUGUUUUGGAUUGCAUGGUCAAGGCAUCACAGCAUCAGUCGACAGUACUCAUACAAUGGCUGGACGGUGAUAGGCAAAAGUUGACUUUUUCUGGAGACACAUACAGGUCUCAGCUCACAAAUGGAUCUCUAUAUAUAAAUAGUGUAAGCGAAGAAUUAGGUUUAACUGGAACCUAUAGAUGCAUGGCAACUUUGCCGAAUAUAGGCUCAAUUGUGAGCCGCAAUGCGACGCUCAGUGUAGCUAGUCUGUCAGGUUUUCACGACGAACCUCGCGAUUUGACCGUGUUCGUAGGUCAAAAGGCCUAUUUUGCAUGCAGGGUUCAGGCUCUACCUCAGCCCAAGAUAAAAUGGUUGAAAGACGAGCGGCCGUUCCAUUUGGACGACCUGAGGAUGACCAUACUGCCAUCUGGGGCCCUAGAAAUAGACGAAGUUGUCGAAUCGGACCAAGGGGCUUACAGGUGCAAUGCUUCCAGUUUAAACUCGUUCAAUAUUAGCAGUAAGGCGAUACUUAAAGUUAUCGAUGACAUCGAUAAGGCCACUCAAAUAACGGCGCCAAUAUUCAUAGCGAAACCUCAUCGGGAGGUUGUGAUAGAGGGCCAAGAGGUCUCGCUGGAUUGCGCGGCGAACGGUUAUCCCAAACCGUCCAUAAAGUGGUUGAAGAAUGGGGUGACGAUCGAUAUGAACGAUUUGGACAGUAGAUACAGCUUAGUCGGCACCACGAGCUCCCUUAGGAUCACGAACAUCCAGGAGUCGGAUGCUGGUACUUACCAGUGUCGAGCGCACAAUAAGGAAGAUAGCGAAGACGCCUCGGCCACCGUUGAUGUACAAGUGCCUCCAAGAUUUUUAGUCAAACCUGACGAUAUAAUAGAGUUCGAGAAGAAAGAUAUCCAGUUAAACUGUAGUGUAUACGGAAAACCAGUGCCUAAAAUUGAGUGGUUGAGAAAUGGCGAACCCCUCCUUCCUAGCGAUUACUAUCAGAUCGUUAAUGGACAUAACCUCAAAAUAAUGGGACUAGUACUGGGCGACUCUGGACUGAUACAGUGUACAGCGUCAAAUUCUGCAGGAAAUGUCCAGACGUCAGCUAACGUCAAAGUUUUGAAAGCAGAGUCGAAAAAGAGCAAACACAAGGGUAGCCCGAAAAAGGUGCCCCCCCUAGAGGGCAGCGGCGGCAAGCUCCCCAAGAACCAGUCGUUCUCGCUCUUCUCCAGCCUGAAGUCGGAGAAGACGGCCAAGUUGUCGGACGUCGAUUUCAGCCAUUUGUACCAAAAGCCGGACCUGAAAAAUUUCAAUCCGAUGAGCGCGUUCUCGUCGCUGGUCAGCUCGGACGCGAACGACACUGCACCGGAUAUAGAAUACUUCCAAGCGAACUUCCCCACCUACCCUAAACCCAUUUCAGGGCAGCACGGCAAGAAGACGGUCGACGGCGACGUCGGCGUCGAGAUAGGGCCGCCCCAGGACCUGAAGGCCCCGGUGAUCAAGGCCAGAUUCAUCAUACUCAGCUGGAAGCCGCCCACCGUCAAUUCGGAGAGUGUAGAGGGAUACUCGGUCUACUACCAGCAGGAGGGGAGCGAAAGGGAAAGAAUCCAAAACUCGAGUCGCUCAAAGUUGGAAAAGACCAAGAUCGAUGGUCUCAUUCCCGGAAGAGUGUACCACUUCCGGGUGGUACCUUUCAGUGCGAAAACCAUGGGACAAACGUCCAAAACGCUGACCAUAACCACGCAAGCCGAAGAACACGUUCCUAGCCCUCCACUAUCUUUCGAAGCCUACGCCACGGGACCUAGAUCCAUACACGUCAGUUGGAGGCCUCCAGAAAAUCCCAUUGGACUCAUCGAAAAGUACACGGUUUAUUAUAUGGAGACAAGAUCGUCCAUUGAACAUCACAUCGAUACCAAUGAACUGGAAUGGGAUUUUAACAAUAACUUGGGGGUGUACACGGAAUACAGCAUAUGGGUAGUUGCUGUGAAUCAAAAUGGCCCAGGUGCUGCCACUGAAGAAAAAAUUGUCAGGACUUUCGGAGAUAUUCCAUCUGAAGCACCUUUCAAUGUUUCUAUCGAAGCUGCUAGCACUAGUUUGACAGUUCUUUGGCAGCCUCCCCCCUUGACUGCUCAAAACGGUAUAAUCACAGGGUACAAAAUAAAAAUAAGAAAGACUGGUUCGAAGAAAGCUCAAACAACCACAGCGUCCGCCAAUGAGAGAAUGUUCGUUUUCAAUGACUUAGAAAAGGAAACUGCCUAUCAAAUAAGACUCUGGGCCAUGAAUACAAAUGGUACCGGGCCCCCAACCGAUUGGUACACAGCUGAGACUAACGAAAAUGUACUCGAUGAAAGUAAGGUGCCUGAUAAGCCCGGACCCCUGAUAGUUCGACCAUUCUCUGACAAAGUGUAUGUGACUUGGACGCCGCCAAAAAAUCAGGGCGUAAAAAUCAGAAAUUACAUCUUGGGAUGGGGUAAAGGGGUCCCGGAUAUGCUUUCCGAAGAGCUGGACGAUAAAACUAGGAGCUAUAUGAUCGAAAGACUAGAACCCAACUCCGAGUAUGUGAUAAGUUUACGAGCGAGUAAUCAAAUAGGAGCUGGGAUACCAGCUUACGCUAAUGUUAGAACCCAGGACGAACCUCCCCCUGAACCCCCACAGCCCCUAAUUCCCCCCAUAGGCCUGAAAGCGCAUGUCUUAAGCACAGAUUCUGUUGUGUUGUAUUGGACUGAUACUACCUUAGGGAAGACUCAGAUCAUCAAAGAUAACAGAUACUACGUGGUGAAGUACGAAGCGGAAAAAAGUAUGAAAAGUAAAUUUUUAAAUGUCUCUGAUUUGAAUCUGAUGAUCAGCGAUUUAAAACCCAACACCCUGUAUGAAUUCUCGGUUAAAUUGGUUAGAGGUCGAAAAGAAAGCCCUUGGAGCAUGGUUGUUACCAAUAGUACUUGGGACACGGCCCCAAGUGCUGCGCCAAGGGACCUUGACGUCCAUAUGACAGAAGACGAAUCGCAGCAGGUGGAAUUGUCAUGGCAACCGCCCAAAAUGGCUGGCUCACGAAUAACAGGAUAUAUAAUUUUUUAUACUGACAAUGUUACUAAGAGCGAUAGGGAGUGGUCAGUGUUAGCGAUAAAGGGCGAUAAACAUACCAGCAUUAUACCUGAUUUGAAACCGUUCACCGAAUACUUUUUUAAAAUUCAAGCUAGGAAUAGUAGGGGUAAUGGACCAUUUUCAACAGUCGUCACAUUCAGGACUGGGCAUAUUGUUGGUCUUGCAAAUUCCUCUAGAGGGCAAGCCUUAGAUUCUUACAGCAUAUUUUCCGGCGAUAUGCUCUUGUACAUGAUUAUAGUAGGCUGUGCCGUUGCCUUAACGACAGUUAGUAUAGUAACAGCUUUCCUGUGUUGCCGGACGAAACCGCCAACUGCAACGUCGCCCGAUAGGAGUAAAAAGGGCUAUCAGAAGGGUAACCAGAGUAUCAAACCUCCAGACCUCUGGAUACACCACGAUCAAAUGGAGCUGAAGAACCUGGAGAAAAGUCACUCAAGUAAUGACGCUGCGAGUAGUAGCGGAGCUCUCACUUUACCUAGGAGUGUUGGUGGAAACGAUUAUGAUAACCACGACAAUAUCCACUCUAGUUCUUUGGAUAAAAGGACUUAUGUUCCUAGUUAUAUGGACGAUAAGAAAAGAACACCUAAAAGUAAACCCAUCUCGUUUCCUGUAGAUUCUAAGCCGCCAAGAGAACCAAUCGCAACACCGAUCAACACGGCGGGUAUAAGUCAGUCCAGUACGGACUCAACUCCAUCUAGUAGGCCGCCGUAUCCCAGAACACAGUACAGCGCGCCUAGGGCGCAUGUUACAGUGGAUGCCGGACAUCCAAAUUCUGCCCUUAUAGAGAGCCCCUACGCUUCGCACCCAACCAAUAUCCCUGUUGGUUAUGAGGGAUCACCUUCGUAUAUCAGUCAACCCCCUCCCGUGGCACACGUACCUUCGACAAGUGGGUAUGCGCCUGGUAUGAGCUUAUUGGCUGAAUCACAGGCUGGCAAGAGGCUGCAGGGGCAGGGGCAUCCCCUGAAAAGUUUCACAGUACCUGCACCUCCGCCAAUAUCCGCGCCCGGCACUCCCCAAGCGAAACAUAUUGUUUCUCAACCUCAAGUUACAAUCCGACCUAAUUGCUCGCCCUUCAAAAAGUUGCCUCCCGCAUCGCAGAUGGGGGGAUCCAGAAUCAGUGCCUCCAAUCCUCCUCCGCACACCUCAGAUGAGAUACAGCGGUUGCAGCCUUCCCAUUCUACAGAGGAGCUAAAUCAAGAGAUGGCGAACUUGGAAGGCCUAAUGUUAACUUUGAAUGCCAUAACUGCCAAUGAGUUUGAAUGCUAGUGUUCGAAUUCAUCAGCGAAUCCUCAAACUUGAAAAUUGUCUCAAUACUAUUUGUUAAUACUUGAAGAGGCUGUUCUAUUCUCUGUUUCACCGAAAUGAUAUAACGAUAAAUUCUAUCUCUGAGGAACAACUAAAUUUCUUUUAUUGCUGGCAAUUCUUGAAUCUUCAACUUCAUCUUCAACAGGAUCUUGUACGGAAAAUAGAAUAGCUUAAUAUUUGCAAUGACUGAAGUUAUGGGAGAAGUGCAGCUAUGUUGUUAAGAUUGCCUAAAUUUAAAACGAAUUUUUGCAACAAUGACGCCUAAAACUAUACGAUUGUUCAUAUUUUAAAACAACUAUUUUCCAUGAAAGACUAAUAGUGUUCUUGCCAUGUUAUUAAUGAUUUUAGAGAACAUUAAAUUUACAAUGUACAUACUCUGAACUGCCUAAAUUUUUUGUGUAAAUAAAAGUGUAUAAAUUAGGUCUAUUCGAUUUAGCAAAAAGCAGAACGAACAUUCUUUUCAAAUUCCAGACCAUUUCUAAUCAGUUGAUGCAAAAAUUUAUUCGGCUUUUUGUCUUACAUGUUCAGUGUCCCUUUCACUAUUUUGAUUCAAAAGGAGAUAGUUAACAAUUGUUGGAAGGAAAAAGCUUUGUAGUUUACACAAAGAUAUUCUGUGAUUUAUGUGUUUGUUACAUUUUUAAAAACAAACAAUCAAAUUUUUCAUUGUGAGUGAAAGUUUAUAUUUAUUCUUUCUUAGUGAUACGUAAUUAUUUAUUUACUUUUGUAAGGCAUACUUCUUUGAAUGUCCAAGUUUAAUUUAGGUUUCGAAUUUUUCUAAAUAUUGUCUACAAAUGUACUUUAAGUGUAAUAUAUAUUUAUAUAUAUUUGAAACAAUUUUUUACUGUAAUGAUGGUGUAAUACAAAAAAAAUACUCUAUACAUGUAUGCGACUGAUUCAUAAUAAAAUACAAAACAUUA